AUGACCAAGAGCUUGGAAAUUGCUGCAAUUUCCAAAAUGAUAGAAAUUGAGUCCAACAGCUUUGAUGGGCUUUCUAGAGCUAAGAAGCUUGAAGAUAAAGAAAAAGAGAAUGAAAAACUGAAGUCCACCAUGAAGCUGUUAGAAAAAUCUAACAAAGCCAACGAGAAGAAAGCUGCAGAUCUGGCUUUAGAACUUGAAAAAUUGAAAAAGACUCUGGAAGAAGGUGAAGCCUUACUGAAGGCGAAAGAAGAAGAAACACAAAAAAUGAAGAAAGAGGCGAACUCCUUGGCCUCAGAAAAACAAAUUUUGAACAAGACUGUUGAUGACCUCUCUGCCGAAGCGGCCUCGCUGAAAACCUCAAUUCUAUCUCAACUUGAAACUGGCUUCAACAAAGCUAAGGAACAAAUCUUGUUCCUCAAUCCCGACAUGCCUAUCAAGACCGAAGGCAUUGAUCCUUAUGCUAGGAUUGUUGAAGGAAAUACUGCACCAACAGUAUGA